UCUCUGGACACAAGUUUUCUCUCGCGGAUGGUGGAAGACCCGGCCCACGCGCCAGUGUCGUUAGCCUUUGAAGGGCCGACCCUCCUGGGUGGAACCGUUAGUUUUCUUCGGGCCUGUCCGGUUCCUGCAGUCCGGGGCUGGUUGGGAGGUUACACCAAACUGUACCAUGUAUACGCAAGCGGCCAACGGGUCCAUUCUGGAGCUGCAUUCGGAGCUGGUGAAAGUUAAAGCUCACUACUGUGGGGACAUGCUGAUCACCGACUUGGCUGCCACGGUAACCUUUGUGGAGUUGUGCGAUGAGGUGAGAACGAUGUGCAGCGUUUCCAUGCAGCAGCCUAUUACGCUCAAGUGGAUUGAUGAUGAAGGGGAUCCUUGUACAAUCUCGUCUCAGAUGGAGUUGGAGGAGGCCUUUCGUAUUUACAGUCGAAACAAGAGGUCUGGACUGCUGCUGCAUGUGUUCCCCAGUACUCCUGAGCGGCCUGGCAUGUCCUGCCCUGGAGAAGACAAAUCAAUCUACCGCCGCGGGGCUAGAAGAUGGAGGAAACUCUACCGAGUCAACGGGCACCUCUUCCAGGCCAAGCGCUUUAACAGGAAAGCCUACUGCGGCCACUGUAGUGAAAGGAUAUGGGGGCUGGGCAGGCAGGGCUACAAGUGUAUCAAUUGCAAACUGCUGGUCCAUAAGCGCUGUCACAGACUCAUCCCUCAGACCUGCCAAAGGCUUAUGGAUCCAGUCAUGCCAUCGCAGGAGCCCCCCUCAGAUGCCAAGAAUGAAGAGGUGGACCUUCCACCAGAUGACACAGAGGACACGGACGAAAUACCGCUUCUACCACACAACUGCACAGUGGAUAAAACAGAAGAUGCAGACACGGCGGACAUCAAAGCUGUGGUGGAUGGCAUCGAUGGCAUUAAGCUGUCCCAGGGCCUGGCUCUGGGACUCAGUGACUUUGACCUGAUCCGAGUGAUUGGCCGUGGCAGUUAUGCUAAGGUCCUGCUGGUUCGGCUCAAGAAGAAUGAGCAGGUGUAUGCCAUGAAGGUGGUGAAGAAGGAACUGGUCCACGAUGACGAGGACAUUGACUGGGUGCAGACAGAGAAACAUGUGUUUGAACAGGCGUCCACCAACCCGUUUUUAGUAGGCCUCCACUCGUGUUUCCAAACAGAAAGCCGGUUAUUUCUGGUGAUUGAAUAUGUGAACGGUGGGGACUUGAUGUUUCAUAUGCAACGACAACGGAAGCUCCCAGAAGAGCAUGCGAGAUUUUAUGCUGCUGAAAUGUGUAUCGCUCUGAAUUUCCUGCAUGAAAAGGGCAUCAUCUACCGUGAUCUAAAGCUGGACAACGUUCUACUUGACCACGAGGGACACAUCAAGCUCACGGACUAUGGCAUGUGCAAGGAAGGGAUCAGGCCUGGUGACACCACUAGUACUUUCUGUGGAACACCCAACUACAUUGCACCUGAGAUCCUCGAGGGGGAGGACUACGGUUUCAGUGUGGACUGGUGGGCUCUGGGUGUCCUGAUGUUUGAGAUGAUGGCUGGAAGGUCCCCGUUUGACAUUAUCACCGACAAUCCUGACAUGAACACUGAGGAGUACCUCUUUCAAGUAAUUCUUGAGAAGCCCAUUCGCAUCCCAAGGUCUCUGUCGGUGAAAGCUGCCAGCGUGCUCAAGGGCUUUCUGAACAAGGAUCCCAAGGAGCGGCUGGGAUGCCAGGUUCAGACGGGCUACACAGACAUUAAGUCACACACAUUUUUCCGCAGUAUAGACUGGGACCAGCUGGAGAAGAAAGAGGUGACGCCACCCUUCAAACCUCAAAUCUCAGAUGACUAUGGCCUCGAAAACUUCGAUACACAAUUUACUAAUGAACCAGUACAGCUCACACCAGAUGACGACAGCUAUAUCCUGGGGUUUUUGGCCUUGAAGUGUGAUUUGGUGAGUGUCCAUUUGCCCUCAGUCAGCAGAGGCGGCCCUGCCUUGUACUGGAUUCUCCAUCUCCAUCAUACCCCCUUGCCAUCCCCCACUACACUGUACCACCAGCAGCAACAGCAGCGGCAGCAGCACCAGGCCACACCCACCAGCCCCCACCCUCUCUUCCCUCACACCCCCACCCUUCUCUCUCUCUCUGCUGUGUGGCACCACUGUCUCUCCAGGGAGGAGCCUACAGCGCCGCUGCUGCAUCACAGCAGACAGACUCGGAUGAGGGACACAGUGUGA